UUCUUCUUAAAGUUUUCAAUACAGAAGAACCUUGCAAACCAGGCGUUGAAGAUUCCCUACUUCUCACCUGGGUUUUUAUCGACUCCAUCACGAGCCACAGCUACACACAAAGAUGAACUUGGAGAAUUUCCAGAAAGCUUUUCAGGACCUUCAACGUAGUUGCUCUACCUUGCUCCACAACCUCACCCAACAACCCUUCAAAGCCCCCCACCAUGGGCUCGGAUUCCCCACCUUCAAAAUCAACCGCGACGGCACAAGCCCACCGUGGGCUCGAAUUUCCCAAAACGGAAAGCCCAGGCCCAUGUCGGUCGAGGCAAUCGAGGAGCGUUUGGAGGGCGUGCCUGUGUACGCCCUGAGCAAUGCCGCUGAAGAGUUCUUGUUGGUUUCGGGUGCUUCCACAGGGAAAAAUCUUGGCCUCUUUUGCUUCAAUAAGGACGAUGCUGAGACCCUUCUUAACCAGGUUACCGCUAUUGACCCUCACAUGCGUCAAGGUUCCAAAGUUGUCCCUGUUGCUUUGAACAAGGUAUUUCAGCUGAAGGUGAAUGGGGUUGCUUUUAGAUUAAUACCUGAGUUCUCUCAAGUAAAGAAUGCACUGCGUGAGAGGGAAAAAUCUGGCUUACCUUCCGAUGACUUUUCUGGUGUUCCAGUUUUCCAGUCCAGAAGUUUGAUAUUGAAGAGCCAAGAUAAGAGAUAUCGUCCACUUUUCUUCAGAAAGGAGGACUUAGAAAAUUCACUUCAAAGGGCAUCCAGUCAGCAGAAGAAAUUAAAUCCUGCUCUGAAACAAGGGGAUAUCCAGGUUGCCACUCUAGAGGAUGUAAUUAAGGAAAUGAAGGGAAAUUCUAGAUCGAACUGGGAUGAUGUUAUUUUUAUACCUCCUGGAUUUGAUGUUUCAACUGACCCCAACCAGCAAUAGGGCAGGAUGAUCUGUAAUUGAAAUUGAUCAUUAAUGUCAUCUUUCAUACUUCUGGUGUUGGAAAUAAUUAUUUAGGUUUUGUGCAUAUGACAAGCUUCUGGCUGCAGACUCUUAAAUACCGUCUGCAAUAUGAAAUGUUAUGACAUUGGAGUUUUCA